ACAUUUAAAAUUCCCCACCAACCCACUCUAGAACAACGUCGAGCUUUUGCUGAUAAAGUCGCUCAAACCUUUGCUAGUUGUCAUCUUAAAAUAGCCUCUCAGUUGGUGAUUUGCCAGCAGAUGAACUGUCUUUUGCACUACCUCAUCCUCAAGCAAAAAUUCACUUGAUAAUGCAGCACUGCUCCAAUCAUACGCAAGAAAUCACUUCAGUGUUCGUCGAGAUGGUGGCAGCCGGAGCGGACGAAGCCACUUUUGGCGGAGUCGCCGAGGGGUUGGGACGCAUGUUCUACGUGGUGGACCCGGCAAAAACGUCGUUCGAGAGUCCUGAAGACGUCCCGAAUUUUUACCGAAACGCCUGGCCCUACUUCGCCACGUUCAUCCUCCUCGAAAACGUCCUUUUGUGGCUGCAGCGCCGACCCACGUUCCGCCUAAACGACGGCUUAACGAGUUUAUCCCACGGUCUUUUGCAAGAAUGUGGAAGAUUGCUGUUCAGGGGUGGCGAGAGCUACGUCUACGUCUACGUUUACGAUAAGUUCAGGCUGGUGGAGCUGCCGUGGGACCACUGGGUCACGUGGUAUCUGGCGGCGGUGGGGGUGGACUUUUGCUACUACUGGGUGCACCGGGCCUGCCACGAAGUACACAUCCUGUGGGCUCAGCACCAGGUCCACCACAGCUCGGAGGAGUUCAACCUGGCGGUGGGGCUGCGGCAGAGCGUGUUCCAGGGGUGGUGCGGCUUCAUUUUUUAUCUACCCCUAGCCGUUGCCAUCCCGCCGUCGCAUUUCGUCACGCACCAGCAGUUUAAUCUGCUUUAUCAGUUUUGGAUUCAUACCAAGAGCGUGAGGACGCUGGGGCCCCUGGAGGUGGUUUUCAACACGCCGCAGCACCAUCGGGUGCAUCAUGGCGCUAAUAUUUACUGCCUGGAUAAGAAUUAUGGGGGUGUUCUUAUUAUCUGGGAUCGCUUGUUUGGGACGUUUGCGGAGGAACGGCAAGACGAAGAGAUCGUUUAUGGGUUGGUGAUGAAUCAGCCCUCUUUCAAUCUCUUACAUUUACAAACCUUCUACACGCUUCAUGUUGCUGAAAAGUUCAAACAAAUGACUUCCUGGCAGGAUAAGCUUGCGGCGAUAUUUUACGGGCCGAGCUGGGAGCCGGGAAAGCCCCGAUUAGGCCUCGAGCAAGAUAAAAUUAAAGUGGUAGCGAGGGAGAAAUACGAGGUGAAAUUGCCACUUUGGUGUAAUGUUUACCUUUUCAUCCACUUCUGCUUCGUCGUUUACGGGUUUCAAGAGUUAGCGGCCCGACAUAUGAGCCUCAACCCCGUCACAGUCCUAGCGUUCGUGGCGUACAUCAUCGCCUCCUUGACGUCGAUAGGACUGCUCUUCGACAACGCCCCCUACGCAUGUGUUCUGGAAUUGUUGCGAUGUAUGGUCCUCGUUACGGCGGUGCAAAGAAUGGAUUUUCCAGACCUGGAUGACACCGUGUUAUUGACAGCCGAAGUUUUCUUUGUGCUGUCUGGAUUUUUCUGGCUCUUACAAAGCCUCAGGAUUCUGCAAAUAUCGGCAAAAGCUGCGUGAUCUCUCCGACUGAUAUUUUUAAGGUUCUUGUUGAUAGGUUCGUAACAUUGUUAUUUUUGUGUACAGUUCGAAAAAAUAAAUAUUUGUUCGAAUAAGAGAAA